UGCUGAUCAGUUCAGUGAGGCUCGUUUGAGUGGCUACGUCGUCGGUGCAAUCUGCUCAGGAAUUGGCCAAGAGCACGCGAAGGCUAGUCCUGAAUCCUGGAAUAGGUACAAAAUCUAGAAUCUGUCGUUCUAGUACUGGUACAAUUCCGAUUGUGCAAUUUGUUAGUUUUCGGUUCAAAGCUGCUUCCUUCUAGCUCGUGGAGGUUUGUGUGAAUAAGUGCGUUCGCAUUGAAGAAAGAAAGUUUUGAUAGUAAUUCCGUAAGAAACAAAGAAAAAACAAUGGUACCGAAACCAGAGCAAAUUAAUAUCUCGCAAGCGAGCAGUAGUAAAGCUAGUGGUUUUGUAAAUAAUGCAUACGAGGAUGAUGGAAUCGUUAGUAAGAAUCCGACAAUGGCGGACGUAGACCUUCCAGUACCUGCGGGCAAGGAUGGUGCUGAGAAACCCUUAUUGGACUUCGACGACCUUCUACCCCACAUUGGUGAAUUCGGACUCUAUCAGAAGUUGCUGUUCUUGUGUAUGAUCCCGUUCGCUUUCUUUGUUGCUUUUGUGUAUUUUUCACAAAUUUUCAUGACUCUGGUGCCUGAGGAGCAUUGGUGUCGUGUUCCGGAGCUGGAACAUCUUAACUUGACUGAACGGUUGGCAUUAUCGAUUCCACACGACAAUGUCCACGGUUAUAGUAAAUGUUCGAUGUACGCUGUUAACUUCACUGAAGCUCUUGCAAAUGGAACCACCGAGGCAGAUCCUUCAUGGCCAGUUGUUGCUUGUCGACAUGGUUGGGAAUAUAAUUUCACUGAACUUCCAUACACAACAAUUGCUACCGAUUUGGAUUGGGUUUGUGAUAACGCAGCACUUCCAAGUGUAGCCCAGUCCAUCUUCUUCGUGGGAGCCAUUGUCGGGGGAUUGCUUUUCGGUUGGAUUGCCGAUCGAUGGGGUCGUAUUCCAGCCUUGGUCUGGUGCAAUGUUAUCGGUUUUGUGGCUGGCAUCGCAACGGCCUUCUCACCAUCAUUUUGGAUAUUUGCCUUUUGCCGUUUUCUCGUUGGAUUCGCUUUCGAUAAUUGUUUUACGAUGAUGUACAUUUUGUUGCUUGAGUAUGUAGGUCCCAAAUGGAGAACCUUCGUGGCGAACAUGUCUAUCGCGAUUUUCUUCACGACUGCAGCCAGCGUCAUUCCAUGGAUCGCCUAUUACCUUGCCGACUGGAAGCUAUUCACAAUUGUUACAUCGGCUCCCCUGGCUUUGGCCGUUCUCACACCAUGGGUCGUACCUGAGUCGGCCAGGUGGCUUGUAUCCCAGGGUAAGAUCGAAAAGGCCAUCACCAUAUUGAAGCGAUUCGAGAAGGUAAAUGGGAAGGCGAUUGAGCCACAAGUGUACAAGGAUUUCAGCGACAGUUGCGUGCGACUACAAGAAGAGGAGAGUGCCAACAACAGCUACUCUACCCUUGACCUAUUCAAGACUCCACGACUCCGUAGGAUCACGAUCUUGCUGAUCGUUAUCUGGAUGGCCAUCUCAUUAGUCUUUGAUGGUCACGUUCGUAACGUUGGAUCUCUUGGCUUAGACAUCUUUAUCACCUUCACCAUCGCUUCAGCCACCGAGUUUCCUGCCGAUUCUCUGCUAACAUUGCUCUUGGAUCGCUGGGGAAGACGCUGGAUGACAUGCGGAUCAAUGGUCAUUAGUGGAAUUUUCAGCUUGUUGGCCACAGCUGCACCGGUUGGCGUCAUAUCAGCCACGCUCGCUAUAUUUGGACGGUUCAGUGUAAAUAUCUCAUACAGCAUUGGCCUACAAUAUGCGGCCGAACUGCUUCCAACGGUUGUUCGAGCACAAGGUGUUGCAUUCAUUCACAUAAUGGGAUAUGUCGCGAGUAUCGUUGCACCAUUCGUUGUCUACUUAGGCAAUGUUGCUCCAUCGUUUCCACUAAUUAUUCUUGGCAUCUUAGGAAUUGUUGGAGGUCUUUUGUCAUUGUAUCUGCCCGAAACAUUAGAUAAGGAUCUGCCCCAAACACUUGCUGAUGGUGAAGAAUUUGGUCGGGGUCAGAAGAUCUGGGAAUUCCCAUGCUGCGGGAAGAGAGCCGUUGAAGCCGACGUACCUGACAAUAAAGUUGUACAACACUUCCAGCGUGGAACCACCAGAGGUGCUUCACUACGCGCUUCCAGCAGAGGCGAACUCAGCUCAAGCAUUUUGCAACGAUCGGCGAGAUCAAGGUUUUCUGGAAGAAGAUUGCCAAGAACUGCGGAAGCGUAAAUGAAACUGCCAUGUACCCAUAUAGGAAAAGUAGAUAGCCAAGAAAUCAUUGUCUGCACUCAAUGGAAAAUCGAUCAGAUAAUGGGGGAUCGGGUUAUCCACUUGAAUCGAAAAGCAGGUCUAGUCAGAAGCGUAUGCAUGUAUUUAUUAUGUUCAAUCAAACAUUAACACAUAGUUCCUAAUUAAAAGUGUAGCAAAGUCAUAUGGAGACUUCCGCAUUGUUGCAGUCACUUCCGCCUGCAGAGUCGGUUGUUCUGUGUAUCGAGUUGCUCUUAGAGAUAAUAAGAUAUCAAUUGCAUUUGAGCCAUUCAAACCUUCACUUGACAAACAUCAACAUACGUAUUUGUUAUAUUUUUGUAUAUUUUGUAUAUAUAUGUAUACGAUUAGAGCAAUAUUAGGUACUAAGGUUACAUAUUAGUGCAAUAACAACUUCAGCUUAUUAUAGAAUGUUGCAAUCGAAAUAUUUGUGCUUAUUUAAUGUUUGUAUAUUUAAAGUAAUAUCGAAUAAAUUAUUUUA